AUGCGGGCUUUCAGACUUUGGAAACCGCACUGGACGCUUGCCAGAACGCUGGCCAGUGCUGCGAAGCCAAAAAAAACUGAUAUUUUCAUCGUAGGCGGCGGGCCUGCAGGUUUGACGCUUGCAGCUGCAAUUAAGACCUCGCCGUAUUUAUCAACGCUGACCACCACAUUAGUAGACGCUGGCGAUCUCAAGGGCAAAACAGCACAGUUCUAUCAUGAACCGCCAGAGAAAUUUACCAACAGAGUCAUCAGCUUGACAUCACAGUCUCGAAAGUUUCUGGAGGACCGGGUAGGCGUUGAGCUGAUGCAGGACCGUCUGCAAGCGUUUGAUGGGCUCUACGUAUCUGACGGCUGCUCUGACGCUGGGAUGGAAAUGGAGCGUGACUCAAUGGGCCAUAUGAUUGAGAUUUUAAACAUCCAGAGCUCUCUCCUACACAGGCUUUCGCAACUGAAAGCAUCAAAUUUGAACCUCGUUGAUCAGACUAAAGUGGUCAACAUCGAGCACAAGGACCCAAAAGACCCACAGUCAUGGCUGCUAGUGACUCUGAGCAACGGCGAUGUGUUCGAGACCCGCCUCCUGGUGGGCUGCGACGGGUUCAACUCUCCAGUGAGGAAAUUCUCCAAGAUCGAGUCUCGCGGAUGGUUUUAUAACAGAUUUGGUGUUGUUGCAACUAUGAAACUAGACUUCUUACCUUUCAAGACAAGAGGUUGGCAAAGAUUUCUACCCACAGGCCCAAUUGCUCAUCUACCAUUGCCUGGUGACAACGCCACGUUAGUUUGGAGCACUACAGAACCACUGUCGCGUCUCUUAGUGUCAAUCGACCCAGAACAGUUGGCGUUGCUUGUCAACGCCGCGUUUGUGCUUGAGGACGUAGACAUGCAAUACUAUUACAAACAAUUGGAGCAAGGUACGAUUACAACUCAAGAAUUGGAACUAGACAUCAAUCACCGGACUGACCUCAUCUACGGGAAACUUGGAAAUGAGUCCCUCAUUGACGAGAUAUAUCCUCCCCUUGUUAGUAGUAUUGAUGGCACGUCUAGAGGUAGAUUUCCCUUGAAGCUGUCCCAUGCAGACUCUUACGUUGCCGAUCGAAUCGCACUUGUUGGCGACGCUGCUCACACUACGCACCCUUUAGCCGGCCAGGGCCUAAAUAUGGGACAAGGCGAUGUUGAAUCGCUUGUCAAAGCUUUGGAAAGUGCGUCAAAAAGAGGUCUCGAUCUGGGGUCCUUAUUAACCUUGGAACCCUACUGGGCUGACCGCUAUCCCUACAACAAUAUGCUUCUUGGUGUUGUUGACAAGCUGCAUAAGUUAUAUUCAACGGACUUUGGACCUGUUGUUGCGGUCAGAAGCAUGGGUCUUAAGGCCCUACAGGCGCUAGGGCCUAUCAAGGACUUCAUGAUGGCCAGAGUAAGUGGACCUUCUCAAUAA